GCUGGAGGCUGCCCACCAGCACCUCCUCGUGCUCUGGCACCAGCUGCACCUGGACAUGAGGAGCCUCCUGUCCUGGCAGUACCUGAUCCGCGACAUCCAGCAAAUCCAGUCCUGGUCCCACCUGACGUUCCGCACGAUGCAGGUGGAGGAGUGCCGGCAGGGCCUGCGCAGCCUGCGCAGCCUGGAGACCCACUACCAGGAAUUCUUGCGGGACAGCCAGGACUCGCAGAGCUUCCAGCCUGACGACCGGCUGCAUGUGGAGCGCGAGUACAAUGCCUGCACCCAGAAGUACGAGCUGCUGCUGCGCAGCCAGGAGAAAGGAGAGCAGGACGAGUCCCUGUGCAAGAACUAUAUCUCCCAGCUGAAAGACAUCCGUCUGCAGCUGGAGAGCUGCGAGACCCGCACCAUCCACAAGAUCCGCCUGCCCCUCGACAAGGACCCGGUCAAGGAGUGUGCCCAGCGCAUCACCGAGCAGCAGCAAAUCCACUUGGAGUUGGAGGGCAUCAAGAAGAACCUGGACAAGGUCAGUGAGAAGACAGAGAAGGUGUUGGCCCAGCCAGAACAGGCCAGCUCGGCCCCCGUCUUGCGCUCAGAGCUGGAGAUCACCCUGCAGAAGAUGGACCAGGUGUACAGCCUCUCCAGCAUCUACCUGGAGAAGCUGAAGACCAUCAACCUGGUGAUCCGCAGCACUCAGGGGGCAGAGGAGCUGGUCAAGAAGUACGAGGACCAGCUGAAGGAUGUGCAGACCGUGCCGGCUGACCUCAAGGAGCUGGAGGCCAGCAAGGCCGAGCUGAAGCGGCUGCGCGCGCAGGCGGAGGGGCAUCAGCCCUUCUUCAGCACGCUGGAGACCGACCUGAGCAAGGCCAAGGAUGUCAACGAGCGCAUGGUCAGGGGCCACAGCGAGCGUGACGUGGACCUGGACCGCUACCGGGAGAGAGUCCAGCAGCUGCUGGAGCGCUGGCAGGCUGUCCUCGCCCAGACGGACCUGCGCCAGCGUGAGCUGGACCAGCUGGGCCGCCAGCUGCGGUACUACCGUGAGAGCUGCGACGGGUUGCUCCAGUGGAUCCAGGACGCAAAGCAGCGGCAGGAGAAAAUCCAGGCGGUGCCCAUCACCGACAGCAAGACCGUGCGGGAGCAGCUGCUGCAGGAGAAGAAACUCCUGGAGGAGUGCGACCGCAACAAGGAGAAGGUGGAGGAGUGCCAGCGCUAUGCCAAGCA